AUGAGAUUGAGUAUUCUUCUCCUAGUCCCAGCGAGCUGCGUCGCCACCCGUGUGUCCAGCUUUGCUGGGUCGACUUCAACCGCCGUCUUCCCGCCUCCCGCUGCUGGCACGGCAAGCCCAAACGACCCUGAUUUCCCUGACGCGUCCCACGUUGGAAAUGCAGGCGCAACGCCCACGGGAGAUGAGGCAAAUGUCAUCGCCACAGCUCGUGUCGCCCCGAAGGUCAAAACAUACGGUCCUUUGGUCAAGCCGCGUCCUCUGAACAAAGGCCAGGGGUCCUUCGACGUAUUGCAACAUCUAGGAAAUCUUUCGCCUUUCCGAUCCGUCGAUUCCUUUGGCUUGCCUGAUAGCGACGAACUUAUCCCGGACGGGUGCAAGCUCAAUCAAGUUCACCUCCUACAUCGCCAUGGCGCACGGUAUCCCAAUGGCCAAAGUGAAGGGACUCCUGCGGCAUUCGCGUCCACCCUGCAUGCAGCUGCUAGCAAGGGAAAAUUAAAAGUAUCCUCACGUCUGCGCUUUUUGCAAGACUGGACAUUUAAGCUCGGCGCAGACGGUCUGACGCCCUUUGGACGCCAAGAGAUGUUGGAUCUGGGUGUUGCUUUUCGUGUAAAAUAUGGUGAACUGCUUAAAGGAUUCGAUAAACUCCCCGUAUUCAGAACUACUUCCCAAGCCCGGAUGGUUGAUUCUGCCUUGAACUUCGCGGUUGGGUUCUUUGGCGUCCAGAACUACUUGCAAGACUACCACCAAUUAAUCAUGAUUGAAGCCUCUGGUUUCAAUAAUACUCUCGCGUCUGGCGCUGUUUGUCCGAAUGCAAAUAAUGCAAUAGGGAAUUUCGGACGAGUGCAAAACGCGAAAUGGGCAAAUGUGUAUCUGCAACCAGCGCUGAAGCGUCUCAGCCAGUCCAUCCAGGGGUUGGAUCUGACUAUCUCUGAUCUGGUCGGGAUGCAGAUGACCUGUGCUUAUGAGACAGUAGCCCUAGGCUACUCCUCAUUCUGCCGUAUAUUUAAUGAAAAGGAAUGGGAAGGCUUUGCCUAUUGGAACGAUCUCUUGUUUUGGUACAGCUUCGGACCAGGAAAUCCCUCCGUCGCAGCUCAAGGUGUGGGAUAUGUACAAGAGCUACUCUCCCGCCUUAGUCGUACCCCAAUAUCGACAUUCAACUCGAGUACAAAUUCUACGCUCGCAAACGACAUCAGCUUCCCUCUGGACCAACCUAUGUACGUCGAUGCCACGCACGAUUCGGUCAUGACUGCGAUCUUCACCACGAUGAACUUUACAUCCUUCUCGAGAAAUGGACCGCUACCUGUAGAUCGGAUUCCGAAAGACCAAACCUACUUUGUUCAAAAACUGGCGCCUUUUGCGUCCAAUCUCGUUGGCCAAGUGCUAUCCUGCAACACGGAUUCCGCUGAAUCGACGCACAUACGCUGGAUUCUCAAUGACGCCGUCGUCCCCCUAACAGGAAUCCAGGGGUGUCGUACGAAUAAAGAUGGCCUUUGCCCACUCCCGGCUUUCAUCAGCGGCCUGCAACAAAGGCUGGCCGAAAUUGACUACGAGUUCGACUGCUUCGCGAAUUACACCAUACCUGAUCCAGACUUGAUCACGGAUGGAAGGUUCCCUCCGGCUCUCCGAAAGAACGUUUAG